GAAAGAAAGAAAAUGUCAUGGAGGCGGGGAAUUUAUUUUGAAUUUUCAAAAGAAAAAUAAAAAAAAUGAUUCUAUUAAAAUUAAUCUUAUGUGUCUGAAUAUUAUUAUUCUGUAAUACUUAUAAUGCAGAAAUUGCAACUGACUUUAGCAAUAAUCAAGCCGCAUGCAGUGAAAAACCCGAUAGCUCUCUCCUACAUUCGAAAUGUUAUAAAAAAUAAGUUCGUUGUAAUUAAAACAAAGAGAGUUUCUUUGGAUAAAGAAACAGCAGAAAAUUUCUAUAAAGAACAUGUGGGAAAAUUCUUUUACAAUCGUCUUGUUACCUUUAUGGCGAGUGGCUGUAUAGACCUCCAUGUAAUAGGUCACAGCAAUGCGAUAGAGCUCUGGCGAAGAUUGCUGGGCCCCACAAAGGUGUACAAGGCACAAUUCGAGGAGCCCUAUUGUUUGCGCAGCCUGUUUGGGAUUUCUGACACCAGGAAUGUUGCUCAUGGCUCAGACUCUCCAACAUCAGCAGAGAGGGAAAUAAAGUUUUUCUUCCCGGACUUCUCAUUCUACGACUGGCAUCACAACGACGAGGUUGUCUACAGGAAAGGACCGAUCAUCUUCAACGACUUCCUGUUCCAACAUGUCCGGAGGCUUUAGGGAACAAAAGUAUAAAUAAGUAGUGUAAUUAUAUUUAUUGGAGAAAUGUAGAUACUUUGAUAUCCAGCUUCCAUGCUGGUCUGUUAGCAAAGAAACCGCUAGCAGGUACCAGCUAGUUCUGUUCCACGCAGAUUGUAAAAGCCAAUCAAGAAUCUUUAAAUUUCGGAUUCUUGGCUUUGUUAACCACAUAAUUGUAUAGAUGUUGUAUGUGUGUAACCCAGAUUUGAUAUUCAAAAUAUAUUUAAAUUUUUUUUUACAAAGCAUUGAUCACUUUGUGUGACUAUGCUCAAAGUUCACAGAUAAAAGCUGUCAUCCCACAAAGUGUUAUGCUCUUUGAAACAUAAAAGCUUUGCAAAACAAACUGAUUUUGCCUUCUGUGACAAUUGCUCACUCAACGUAACGUUCGCUAUUGCCCAGAGGGCAGAAAAAGUUUCUUGGGUAGAAAUUUGUUUCUUAAAUUAUUAUAAUCAUGGCUUUAAUUUUAAGACGAAUCCAUUGUUAAUUUCGCUCCCGGAAGCCUAAAAUCAGUGAUUUUCUUGAUUUUUUUCCAAUUUUGUUAUAAAUUAUUAGCAGGUAAUUAUGAUUUAAAUUGAAGUUAUGUGGGUGGUUUACUGAAUUUAUUGUUUAUAGAUAGGUUACUUGUUGUUUUAUAAUAUUGUUAUUGUUUUUAAAUAUAAUUAUUACAACCAGAUAACUAUUUCAUACAAGUGUAGAAACAUUAGAAUUAGAACAUUCAUACAUGCAUAAAAUCACGUCUUUACCCGGAGGGGUAGGCAGAGACUACACAUCUUUCCACUUACCAUGAUCUCUGCAUACUUCUUAGACUUAGAAAUCCAUGGAUUUCCCUUGGACGGAUUACCAUUUAUUCAAUAUAGAGCCAAAGGGCUCGCCCUGUUCCAAUCAAAGCUUUAAGUUUUAGGGAGCCCAAAGCAAAAUUCAGCUUUCUUUUGAAAUAUUAGAUCUUGUAGAAUUUUAAUCAGACCUCAAUACUCAUCUAUGAAAUGGACUCAUCCAUUUGCACUCAAAUUGUGAAUUUCGGUCUGUCCCUGUUGCGUAAACUAAUGCUUGUUGAUAUAAAUUAACACCCAAAAUAGAAACAAUGCCGACUAAAAGGAAGGGGUAGGUACUUACAGCAAAU